GCUAUUUCACCGCUGAUGCACAAGCCAUCGGAUGUAGUUAUUCGGGAUCAACACAUAGCAACAAAGACGGUCUCUUCGUUCCUUUGCCUUGUUCGUUCACAUCCUUAUCUGGUUUGAACUCAACGAAUAAGAAUGGGCGACUUCCCCGGUGCCACCCUUCUCACGACCUGCUGCUACGGUGCGCUGGCGGCAAGUAUGUGGGACUCGCACCUAAAAUCGCUUUUCAACGAACUUCUCGCCGCGCCGGAGCAUAUUUUAGCGGUGCUCGUGUUGACGACGACGGCGAUGGUUGCGUGGAAGACAAUUUUCGAAAGAGAAGAGAUCGUGACUGUGGGUGGAGGUGAUCUUCAUGCAGAUGAAGUGGCGACUGCACCUUCCACACCAGCUGCAGGUGACACGACCAAGAACAAGCCAGCAUCAAAGCACCCGACACGACCGACAGCAAAGUCGUCUUCAAGCAGCUACCUAAACCUUGUCGCUGGCAUCUCACAACUGUACUUCAACAUUUUCCUCCUCCUCCCGACCUACGGUUUAAUCGUGCUUGCCACCAGUUCCCCCGAGCGCGACUCGUUGCUUGUCACGACCAUCUACGCCUUGACCUUUUUCGGCCUGGUGCAGCAGCACUUCCCGGUGAAGAUGGGCCUCGAGUAUCCACAGUAAAUUUCCCGUAAGUACACGUACAAAUGCAGUCUCUGCAUGACAAAACUUGCCUUCAAUCCUGGUCUAGCAUGACAAGUUGGACACCGCAAGUUAGCGAAAAUUGUCAUGCAUUUUGUACAUAUACGGGAAAUUUACAUGGCAUAUCGAGAACCUCGCGGCCUUCGCCUGCCCGGCUUUCAGCAUCCUACCGGCGAACUAUGACAGUGCACAACUCCCCCUCCCCCUCAUUUGUGUAGCACGAACGGCAAUACAAGCAUCAGCAAGAGUGCCGGUUUUGCAUGACAGAUUUGCGCUGGAGUAUAGUGCUAUUUGGGCUACCAGAACUUGUCAUGCACACAGUGCCAAGAGGCAAAGGGUGGAUUGGGUAUUUUGCAUGACAAAUGAGGGGGAGGGGGAGUUGUGCACUAUCAUACGAACAUCGCGAACUUUCUCGGGCGGACUCACGGGCACGAAAACACUGCUGCGAAAAACGACGAGAAGGUUUUGCCGGAGGAGUUGGGCAGGAAGAUUUUGGAAGAGAAAAGCGCGGUUUUCGAGCGCGUUUUUAACCGAUCGGAGGUGAUUGGGGAAGAGAAAUUGUGGCGGGAAAUGGUGGACCUGCCACCCGGAUCUGUUUCUGGUAUGCACCAGGGAGGCUCAACUACUACAGAUGGUGCCAUCGGUCAGAAUCAAGAACAUGUCAUCCGGGAUUACAUGAAGAAGGUGGCAGAAACCGGGCAGUUCUCCGCAAAGGAUGCGAGGAAAAUACAAAAAGACGUGGACGAAUACUUGCAGAAAGCGUUUUUGACGAGCAGUAACACCGACGGAAUGACUACGGGUAAAAAUGCCUCCUCAAAUAAACAGCUCCCAGACGCAGAUAAGGACCUCGCGACACUCCUUCAUUCCAUCCCACAAUUGUCGGUUGAGACGAGAGGUCCGAAGAUUUUCGGAUUUACCCUCUACAACCUGAUUUACCCCUUUUUACUCGUGGACAGAAGGGAUCGGAACUCCUGGCUCUUCAUCGUGUACGGAUUGUUGCUGUUCAACGUCCUCGACCGGCUGUACAUGUGGUUUUUCUUGACCCUGUUCGAGCAGCGGUCCUUCCGCAGGCAGCGGUUUAUGCACGACGUGACCAUUGGUGUCUGCUGGCUGUACACGUUGAUCGGGAAGGUUUUUCUAGGGGAACUGUUCGCGACGGGGGGAAGCGGUAGAGCUCAUUUUUGUGCUGCGCUUCAUACUUAUGGUUCUGUAUUGGAUUUUGUUUCAUCAUGUUUCCGUGAUACAGAGCGCUGCCGCUGCUGUACUACUACCAAGUAUCAAAAAUGAAAGAACGUCGUACUUUUCAAAUUUUCUAAAAAUCUAAUUUCUUCCAGGCCUCACCGCUGUUUUCAUCAUCUGGCGUGCGUUCUACCUGGGACACCUCCUCCUCUUCGUCGGUGAGCACGUGGCGCCCAUGAUCUUCUUCGGAUUGAGGCCCUUCGUGGUCAAAGUCGCUCGAACCGCAGCGCCACCAGCAAGAGAAACUGAAACUACGCAAGAAGAAAACGAGAAAGAAAAAAACACCAGCACUUCUGCACCCGCGUUAACCUUCCUCCAAAGCGGGUUCGGCCCAAGAAAGCAAGGCUUCCUCUCCACCGCUGAUCCGGACGGCACGCUGGAGCGGAUCCAAGAGGUUUACAUGGUGAAGGAUUGGAAGGGGAGAGCAGGAAUUGUAGCCUUACCAUCAAGUAGUAGCCUCGGAACAGAUGAAAGUUGUGAUGCGGAAACAGGAACAGAAUUUAGUACCUCUUCUCCAAGCCACACCAUCGCCUUCCACGGCACGUCCGUGUCUACCUGCUGGUCCAUCCUCCAAAACAACAAAGAAUCCGGUUUUUUCAAGCCCAAACUGGGGCAGAUCGGGAAGGUCACGUACUUCGCCUCCGACAUUGACGCCGCGAGUUGCUUUUCCGGCGAAGGCUGGGUGUUUGUCUGUUUGCUGAAAGCGGAUCACGAAUCCUGUUCAUCAUCCCACGUGACCGGCGUUACAACCGCGAAUUUCACACCAAGAUCCGAGGGCCGGGAGUGCCCGAUUUACGUGUGUUACGACAACUCGAAGGUGGAGAUUAUUGGGAUUUUGCGAAUCCGGCUCUACGACGGUCCGUGGGCGCCGAAAAUACGGGGGAGAAAGGAACUAACGGAGGAGUUUUUGAGGUUCGUGGCAGAAAACCAGUCGGGGUCACUUUCGCCCAGCGAAACUUGUGAUGCAGAAGGUGAAGGUGAAGGUUCAAAGGAAAAUACAAAGCAAACCGAUGAAAUCUACUACACCUCUCCGCUGGACCUGCAAACCGCGAGGGGAAAAGCGAAAUUCCGCUUAGGUGUGUGGAACAUUCAAUUUUGGCACACGGUUCACGGGCAGCUGGACAUUCAGAAAAUCAUCAACGAGAUCAAGCUACUGGACUGCAACAUUUUGGUGUUGAACGAAGCCAUGCUGUUAUGGCCGUACUUGACGAAACAGAACUUCGAGAAAAAAAUGCGGGAGGAUUGCGGCUACGAAUUUUUCCUGUACGGGAACACCACAAAAUGGGAUUGGCACAUGAAGUUGCGGGGCGCGUUUUUCGGAAACGUGAUUUUGUCCAGGAGGAAGAUGCAGUUUGGUGGUGAUAUUGAUACAAACGGUCAGGAACUACCGAAUUCGCCCUUCAUUCUGCACAUGGCAGGCGCGAGAAACUACCGGCCGCACGAGGACCGGUCCGCGGUAUCGACCGGGUUUGUGAAAAUCACGGAGGAUUUGAAUCUGCGAGUGACUGGCACGCAUCUGGAAAUUUGGGAUUUGGAGGGAAAGGUGGCUUUGGAACAGGCGAAGCAGAUCGUCGGGAGGUUGGACAAAGGGAUAUCAAAACCAGCAGUUUCAUCAAGUAGAACGUCAUCUGGAACAAGAACUUCCGAUGCAGAAAAGAAGUCCACCGGAACUACAUCUACAGCAACCACCCUCGACAUCCUUUGUGGCGAUUUGAACGCGCUGCGGGUUCUUAUCAAAUGCAAAAAUGUCUGGGUCUGGAAGAUUGCAACUUGUUAGUUGGUUGGUUGGAUAGCGCCUGUCGCCGGUGCAGGUCCCGCCCUCCAUCGAUUGCGAUCCGGAGUAGCCGGAACACAAGGCCCUAGUGGCACAAUCGAUCGACGAAGCCCUUUAUAACCAGGUCACGGACAUCCGGCUGCCGUGGAGUCAUUCGCGGGCCAGGCAACGUCUAGGGGCUACGGAUUAGGGAUCUUGAUGGGCGAGACAGGUCACAGUCAUCCGCCUGCCCAUCGAAGACGAGCCAGGUCACAGUCAUCCAGCUGCGUUCACAGUCAUCCACUGCUUGUAAUGCGUAUUUCAGAACACAGAAAAGUCUCUCAUGCUUACCUAGCAAAAGCUCCAACUUUUUGUCAGCAAAAUAGGGGACUUGUCAUGCGGAUUCGGCAUUGCGGAAGGUUCUCGAAACCUGUGAUGCUAGAGCUUCCAUGCCAGACCUUCUGUGUCAUGCAAAAACAGCAUGACUCUUCCAGACCCAGACAUUUUUACAUUUGAUAGCUCUUGAAAACAAGGAAAAAUGCGAGUACGACGCCGACCGGCUUGCCAGAUUCCCGAAGCCGUUCAACAGUAACGUGUGUGAGUUUUUGGAAAAGGGGGACACGGGGUUCCGAGACUGCUUUGAUUUGUGUGAUUUGCAACCGCCGAAGAUGACUGUGUGGUCAACCGCGCGGGUGGAUUAUUAUUAUGUGAGGCCGGUGGUGGUCGAUAGUACCAGUAGCAAUGUUGACUUCGAGAACUCGUUCAAACAAAAUUGGCGACCGCGAGUCUACCGGGGCGCUGCGGUGUCGGAUCAUUUGCCGAUGUUGCUGGAAUAUGUUGGGACGACAUGAUAGAUACUCAACGUGAAUGUUGAAAGGUGUUGGAUGCUGGCAAUUGAGAAUUACGAUACUGAUACGGCAAAUCUUCGCAAAAAAUCGAGGUCAAAACGACACGUAGCAGCCAAUAAUGAAACGAUGAACGACAUAUGCGCACAGCCAUGAAGAUGUGUUGUUGUUGACAAGAGCAGAAAGACACCCAUUUUCUUUUUUUGGUUUUGCUCGAAUUGCAUAUAUCAUUCAACACGAUCAUGAAAGUGAAAAAAUGUUAGCGCUUUUCAUCAACAACCACUCUCAGCUAUUCUGCUGAAAGGUCGGUGUAU